AUGGAGAAUCAUAUGAGAAAAUGGAAACCAAUCAAUGGUGUCAGUGAUGAUGACGUCAAGGGUCCGGAGCUGCCUGAACCACAUCGUGCCACCGGAAGGGAGAGAGAUGGGGCCGCCCCGGGAAAGGUACACCGUGCUUGGGGAGAUGACAACACUUCGGUCAGUAAAGCUGCCGCCUUGUUCAACUGGACGUGGAGCCCAACUCGCAGUGCCGAGACUCGCAACCGUCCCAAAGACCCACAGGACGGGGCUGUCACUGAGAUGAUGCCGCUGCCGGGGAUGCCUCUGAAGACGACUGACCUCUGAACCUGAGAAACGACAUUUUAGCCCACUUACAUUGUAACU